CAGAACGGGGGGAGGGAGGAGUGGGAGAGGAAGCUGCGGAAGAGAACAGGCGAGCCACUGUCUCCUUUUGAAAAGAAAGUAGGAGCCCUGGGUGGGAAAAGAGAGAGUCACACUCCCAGCUAUUUCUCGGGAAAAGUUUUCCCAGGGCGUUUUGUUUGUGCAAACUCGGCCUAAGAAGCCCGAGACUGCGCUGUCGGCGUGGCGGCAGUGCCUCUGCGCCUUGCCCCGCUCCUCCGCCUCCUCUUCCCAGGCUGGGCAGCUCCUCUCCUUCCCGCACAGGAGCCAAAUGGCUACCCAGUAAACCCCACCGGGCGGGGGCUGCAGCGCCGCCUGCGGCCGCGAGAACCUGUGGCGGCGCCCGCGGGCUGGGAGCCGGGGCCCGCAGCAGUGACGCGCCGACUCGGAGCUGGAGCUCGCGCUGCGCCCAGCCGGGCGAUGGACGGCGGAGUUCCGCGCGCUCAAGACACCCAGGCGGCGUCUAUGCCGUCCGCCGCCCCCGCAGGGAGAAAACCCAAAGCCAAAGCACCACUUCCGCCAGUUGAGACCAAAUGUGUUGAUGCUUCUUCAGUUGAUGAUUCUGUAGAAUCUUCUGCUUUCAUCAUGGAACAGAAAGAAAACAUGAUAGAUAAAGACAUUGAACUUUCGGUGGUUUUACCUGGGGAUAUUAUCAAAUCUACUACUGUUCAUGGCAGCAAACCUAUGAUGGACUUGUUGAUAUUCCUCUGUGCACAGUAUCACUUAAAUCCAUCAAGUUACACAAUUGAUUUGCUGUCAGCUGAAAAGAACCCCAUCAAAUUUAAGCCUAACACACCAAUAGGAAUGUUGGAAGUAGAGAAGGUAAUUUUAAAGCCAAAAAUUUUGGAUAAGAAAAAACCUACACCUAUAAUACCAGAGAAAACUGUGAGAGUAGUGAUCAAUUUUAAGAAAACACAGAAGACAAUAGUGAGAGUUAGUCCACAUGCAUCACUUCAAGAACUUAUCCCUAUUAUAUGCAGCAAAUGUGAGUUUGAUCCAUUACAUACCCUGUUGUUGAAGGACUAUCAAUCCCAGGAGCCCCUCGACUUGACAAAAUCUCUUAAUGACCUCGGUCUAAGAGAAUUAUAUGCUGUGGAUGUCAGUAAAGAGUCUUGCCAAAUUUCACAAAACCUAGACAUUAUGAAGGAGAAAGAAAAUAAAGGGUUUUUCAGCUUUUUUCAACGUAGUAAGAAAAAGCGGGAGCAAACAGCAAGUGCCCCGGCAACCCCUCUCAUAAGUAAGCCUCGCCCGACUUUUACAAGGUCCAAUACCAUUUCCAAACAGUACAUUUCAAACACCCUGCCAUCAGAUGCACCCAAGAAGAGGCGAGCUCCAUUACCUCCAAUGCCAGCGUCACUGAGUGCCCCGCAGGACCUUGCCAACACCCAGAAGAGGCCAGCUUCCUGUGUAGUGAAAUCCAUGAGUGUGGAUGAAACAAAUAAGAUUCCCUGUGGACCAGGCAUAGUGAGGACAGGCUCGCUGCAGCUCAGUAGCACAUCCUUAGGGAAUUCAUCUUUGAAAAGGACAAAACGAAAAGCACCCUCCCCACCCUCCAAAAUACCCCUGCAACAAAGUGAUGAAAAUAGUAAUAUGACUGCCCUGCAGUCAUUAGCAGCAGACAGUGUUUCAGAAGCAAACUCUACCGAAGGACCACCCAGUACAGAUUCUACCUCUUUGGCAGAAGCCUCGCAGGGCCCUGGGCUCCCCCAGGAACAGUGCACUACACCCACGUCGACAGGUGGAAUAAGCUCUGAUUUCAGCCUUGAAGAGAUAGAUGAAAAAGAAGAACUGCAUGAAGUGCCAAAAGAUCAGGCUGAAAAUAUUUCUCUGAAGUCACAAGAUAUUCCUUUUGUAUCUUCUGAUAUAAUAAAUACACCAAAAAAUGAUCCUGACUCAGCCCUUGGCAAUGAUACUGUAGAGUCCUCACAAAACUUCAAGGAAGGAAAACAAGAAACUAGAAACACAGAUGGACAAGAACCAGGUAUUAUGGUAUACAAUACAAGCAAUGAAGAGAUGGCAGUUGACAAUGUAAGAAACUUGAAAUCAUCAAGCACAAACCAGGAAAAUGAUCAAAAUGAAAUCAUUGUCCUUCCAAUGAACACGGAAGAUAAUAUGAAAAAUGGAGUGAGGAGAACAGUAAUUAAUAUAGGAGAUAUUGCCAAAAAUGAUGAUGUGGACAUGGAAGUUGACAGAUUAUCAAACUAUCAGGCACAGAAAACUGAUACUGCUAUAAACUACAAUGCAAAUCAUCUAGCAGCUUCAUCAGUACCAGAUCAAAACUGGAAUCAACUCAGCGUAGAAAAGAUAAAAAUGCAUGAUGCAGCAAUUCAGACAACCCCUUCCUGCAACAUUUUUUAUAACAAUCACCAAGAUCAUAAUUUGUCUGACAUCAGAGUUGAUGAAGGUGUGCAAACUUCAAAUAACAACAAAUCAACUCAACGUUCAUCCUUAAGCCCACAGGAUUCUGUAAAUACUUUGAGAGAAUUUAGGUGUGAGGGCACAGUAACUGUACAAGAAGAUCAACUCACCAUAAAAGAGCCAAUUGCUGUACAUUGUGAUCUGUUGACUCCUGUAGAUGGGAUUGAUAAAAAUUCAACUGCUUUUUGUACAAAGAAUUAUCCACUUUACAGACCAAACUAUAAACCCAAGCCAAAACCUUCAAAUGAAAUUACAAGAGAUUAUAUACCCAAAAUUGGAAUGACUACUUAUAAAAUAGUGCCUCCCAAGUCCCUGGAAAUAUUGAAGGACUGGGAAUCAGAAACCAUGGGAUACAAAGAGGAUCCGGAGAUACACAUUUUAGGAAGAAAACAUACUUACGAGAAUGUAAAGGAAACUGCAAUCCAAACGGAAGAUCUUAGUAUUUCUGAAGGCCCAAAAGAAUCACCACCGGACCUUAAACAGAAACCUGUCCUGGGCAUGGAGCAUCAGGUGCCCAGUGCCGUGAAGUCAGUCCGUAGUGCGGUGACCAGUCCUCUGAAAGCUGCUCCCAGAAUGACUGGAGAUACUGGUAUAGCUCCAUUUGUGCCAAACUUAGAAGAAAUAAACAGUGUUUUGGAGUCAAAACUUAAAUCCAGAGCCUCAAAUCCCCAGGCUAAGCCAAGUUCCUUCUUCCUGCAGAUGCAGAAAAGAGUAUCCUCUCAUUAUGUGGCAUCUGCAGCUGCCAAAAGUGUCCACGUCACCCCUAAUCCUACUCCAGAAGAACUAACAACUAAAGAGGUGGAAAGGAGUCCACUGCCUCCUCCAGAGCAAACUCCUCGUACCAUAAGUAAAACAACCGACUUUCCUCCACAAUCCCAUUUUAAAAAUUCUGACGAUGACGUCGUCAGUCCGAAGCCUACCAACACCUCUCCUCCUCCGGUAGCUCCCAAGCCUGUGCCUCUUCUCACUAGCCAGUUAGCAGCCCUGAACCUGAAGACCUUGAAAACUUUUGGUGCCCCACGACCGUACUCCAGUUCUGCUCCUUCGCCAUUUGCCCUUGCUGUAGUGAAGAGGUCACAGUCUUUCAGUAAAGCACGUAGUGUCCCCGACGAGUCCUUUAGCGACAGUAUCUCUGUCCAGUCUCCAACCAAAACAGAGGAUGGGAAGACUAAUUCUGUAAAUAAAUUUGUGGGCAUCCCACAACUUGGUGAGGUCAAUAAGGACAAUGACUCUGCACUUAAUGAGCAGAAUUCCCAAAUACCAUCUCCAGUAGACUGCCCAUCAUUCACCCUUAAGAGGCAAAGUUCUUUAACGUUCCAAAGCUCUGACCCAGAACAGAUCCGGCAGAGUUUGCUGACUGCAAUCCGUUCUGGAGAGGCUGCUGCCAAAUUGAAAAGGGUUACUGUUCCAUCAAAUACAAUAUCAAUGAAUGGAAGAUCAAGACUCAGCCAAUCCAUGCCGCCUGAUAUGCAGGACAGCCAUUAAGUGCUGCCCUCCUCUGAGGCACUUCAUCACCUCCCUUCACAACCCAACUUCAAACCAAUGGAGAAUGUCUGCAAUUGUAUAUUCAGAAGUAUUCUAAUAUAUUAUCUAUUAAAGUAUAAGAAUUUAUGCCAUGGCUUCUAAUGCCAAACAAAGAAUGACCAGAAUUUAUAAUAUAUAAUAAUGUGCUUUUGGGGGUCUUUUUUGCCUUAAGAGCUGAAUAUGUUGCUUUAGAACUUUAAGACAAGGUGUAAAUGACUUUCCUUAUUGUGAAUGAGCAAUAAUCAUCUUUUGUUGAUUUCACGUACUUAUUGAAACAUAGUCUACAAUGUUGACUUAGACAAAAGGAUAAAUUAGGAUUCAUAGACUUAUAUUUGUAUGAUACAUAAAUAACUAGGCAAACACAUCUGACAUUUGCUGCCUCAAUAUUACUGUUUAAUUGGAAGCAUUUAUAAAUUAUGUUUAAGCCUGUUUUGUGCUGAAAGAAUGAUUUUGAAAAAAUAGUGAUAUCCAAUAAGUGUAUUCAGUCCAACCGUUAUUUUCAGUGAUGAAUCACUUAGUGUGCAAGGCUUAUCUUGUAUAUUCUUUAUGUAAUUAGAAAAUCAGUGUCAAAUUCAUGGGAAGCUCAUAGAAUUUUAAUAUUUUAUUAACAUGGAACUUUUCGUUUUUUAAUCUUUAGAACUUAAAUUGCACAAGGAGAAUUUUAAAUAUUUUCUGUAUAUAAUUAUGACAUUAUCACACAGAUAUUAUACAUUCCAUGUGCCAGAAGCCUUAAAAAUCUUCCUGUGAAAAUGUUAAGAUAUUGUGAUGGCUAUUUCACAUACGACAUGUAGAGAGAAAUAGGGGUUAGUUUAUGUCCAUAAUGGAAAAUUAUAAGAACUAUUUGGACAUUCCAGAAAUACUGACUUUAAUUCAAGUACAAUGAUAAAAAUAAAAUCAUUAUGUAGUUCAGAUGCUAAUAUUCUAAAUAAUAAUAUAUAUUUACAUUAAAGAUAAAACUACUAAAGAAAACAAUGCCUAAUUUGUUGUCUUAUACCUUAUCUGGGAUCUAGAGCUUGUUGGUGUUCUGCCCCUAUUUAAAGAAUUUAAUUGUUCACUAUGCUAAGAGCUUUGGUCAAAUUAAGCAAACUGAUGGUCAAGUUAAGUUGGUUUUCACUAAAGCUACUGGGAUAUUUGCCUCUUUGGAAAAUGUGAUUUCUUUCCUGUUUAAUAAAAGUAAGUUACGUA